CGUCCUCCCGUUCUGCUCCUGUGCCCGCGGCGGGGCGGCAGGCGCACCCCGCGCCUGGCUCGGGGCGGGGGGGACGCGCAGGGACAGCACGGAGCUGCCGCGCUGCCACCGUGGCACCGGCGGCGCGCGCGGGUUGCGCGUCCCGGCGUCCCCCGCGGGCGCGGCCGGCGCCGCUUUCCCCUGUCUGAGGGCUCCACCUGCAGCCGGGCCCGAGCGGAGCCCGGCUCGGACGGAGCAGGGAAGGAGGGGGGCGCCGGGCUGGGCCGGGCACGGCUGCGGGAACCCCGCUCGCCCUUGCUUAAAGGUGCCAUCCUUGGGCUGGCGGCCGAGCGCCGUGCGGGGGUGCCAUUGGAGACCCGGGGUCACGCGUUAAAUAACUCGCUCUGAAAGAAGAGCAGAGGUGAUAAGAGGUGCCUGCAUGUGCCUGUUCCAGAUACAGCUGGUGUUCCCUUCCAUUACUUAUCCGGGAAGCAGCGGGCCCGUACUCCUGCAGCUUUUCUUUCCAAGCCACAGCUCCAGGCAGCCUGUGUGGCGUUUCGUGUUAAAUGUGUUAAAGCAGACUGCAUUACUGCGUCACAGACUGCUGCAAACAGGUAAAGGCUGUGAUGCUGACAAGAGCAGCAAUUAAUGUCUUCCUGUACUGGACAUGAAGUUGAUGGUUUAUUUGCAGUUUGUGAAUUAUUUUGAAGAUGGGCAAGGUCUGUGCUGUUUUUGGAGGAUCCCGUGGGAUAGGCAAAGCUGUGGCAGAGCUCCUGGCGCAGAAGGGCUGCCGCCUGGCCAUCAUUGCUAGGAACCUGGACGUGGCCCAGAGCACUGCCCGUAACCUUGGUGCAGGACAUCUGGCAUUUCGCUGUGAUGUAUCCAGUGAACAAGAAGUCCAAAAGACUUUUGAGGAGAUGCAGAGGAAUUUGGGUCCUAUUAACUACAUGGUUAAUGCAGCUGGGAUCAACAGGGAUGGUUUGUUACUGAGAACCAAGACUGAAGAUAUGAUAGCCCAGAUUCACACUAACCUGUUGGGAACAAUGUUGACAUGCAAAGCUGCUGUAAAGGUCAUGAUUAAACAGCAGGGAGGUGCUAUUGUCAAUAUAGGGAGUAUUGUAGGACUUAAAGGCAACUCUGGUCAAAGUGUGUAUAGUGCUACCAAAGCUGGAGUGGUUGGAUUUUCACGCUCUCUUGCUAAAGAAGUAGCAAAAAAGCAAAUUCGAGUCAAUGUUGUUGCUCCAGGCUUUAUUCACACAGAGAUGACAGCUCAUUUGGAAGAAGAUCAGUUGAAGAAAGCAAUUCUCCUUGGAAGAUUUGGAGAGCCUCAUGAAGUUGCACAAGCUGUUGUCUUUCUUCUAGAAUCACCAUAUGUUACAGGGAGUGUUCUGGUUGUAGAUGGAGGCUUGCAGCUUAUGACCUAAGUAAUACCUUGAAGAAAUGACCACUUUAAUGUCAUGAUGAUAAUAUGUAAAUAUGUACUAAAUAAAGGGAGAGGGUUGGAAAUCGUUUGAAGAUUGAUGUACAUAAUUGACUUGGUCUUAUUUAGUCAGAGGAGAAAUUCGGCAGCAGCGAAGUACAACGUGUGUGUUUAGCUGCCUGAAAGAGUCUGUUUGGUAUUACAAAGCCUGUGUAUGAAACAAUUUGAAAAAGAUCUGGUUUUGAUAUGGUGAUAGCUUUAAUAAUGUGCUGAUACGUUUUUAAAACACCGUAUUUUUAUAAAGUCCUGUUUUCUAAUUUGGGGUAAAAUGAGAUUUUAUUUGAAUUAUCAUGUUACACAAAGGUUAAUAAAGUGCAGAGACAUGUUUA